UCUUAUCCCAGAUCCGCAACAUCGUUAACAGCCUAUCAACCAUUAUCACCCAGAAAAACUUCAAGCAACAUGUCGUGUCAGUGCCAACAAACCACCAAGCCUCCAGGAGCGACCGCCUCCUCCGAGGACGCCACCAGAGCUGGCAACACCUCUGCUCCUACAAAAAGCACCGACGGGCUCGGGCCAGACGCCUCCGCAGAUGCCAGGGAGGAUUCUUCUCCUCCGCCCCAGCAGCCGCCACCGCAACAGCCACCAUACUACUAUCCGGGGUGGUAUGAGUCCGAAUCUGCACCCCGAAAACCUUAG